GGCAGUACGCUGGGACUCGGCUGCGGUGGCUGCGGGGCUAACGAGAAAUUACUAAAGUUCCCGGGAAGCAACAUAGAAUUUACUGAGAACAUUAUGGAUGGAGAGGAGAAAACCUGUGGUGGCUGUGAAGGCCCUGAUGCCAUGUAUGUCAAAUUGAUAUCUUCUGAUGGUCAUGAGUUUAUUGUAAAAAGGGAACAUGCACUAACAUCAGGAACAAUAAAAGCCAUGUUGAGCAGCCCAGGUCAUUUUGCUGAGAAUGAAACCAAUGAGGUCAAUUUUAGAGAGAUCCCUUCAUAUGUGCUAUCAAAAGUAUGCAUGUAUUUUACCUACAAGGUUUGCUACACUAACAGCUCCAUGGAGAUUCCUGAAUUCCCAAUUGCACCUGAAAUUGCACUGGAACUGCUGAUGGCUGCGAACUUCCUAGAUUGUUAAAUAAAAUAAAUUAUAAUAAACUGUUAAUUUUUUCAGU